AUGGGCACUUCGACAAUUCUUAGUAAUAAUACUGAUGUAGGUACUGCGUAUGGUUCCCAUAAAAAAUAUACGGUUAAUUUUCAAGCCGAUUCAUCAAGUUAUAUUUUUAGUGUACAUAAUGUACGACAUGUCUACUUAGAUUUAUUAACUAUACCAUCUUAUUUUACUUAUAAGAUUGAUGGUGCAUAUAAAAAUAAAGACGAUCGUGCUCGAGAAUUAGCGAAAAAUUUAGUAAAUGAAUUUUUACUACGACAAUAUAAUAUUAAUGAUAUUCAGAAUGAACUUACACCUUUAAUUACAAGUCCUCAUUCAACACCGAAUAAUUCUGAUUUCAAUUGUUAUAAUUCAAACGAAAAUGUACGUUAA